CUUUCUUGGAAACACGACUAUAAUGGAAAGUGAUAUAGAAAACCUGAUGAUGGAUAUCCACUGCAUGCACACUGUUUGGAUACUGACUUACUUUGGUCGUUAAGUUUCAAGGCUAUCUAGUUUUAUCACUGAAUACGUCCUAGCCAUUAUUUCUUACUAAACUAUUUCAAAAUCGCAUUGAAUGAGAAAACUAUUCUCCCGCGCAGUGUCAACAAGAAACACUCGCCAAGAUGUUUUCGAUUUUCCUUUUGAUGUCCCUGUGGCUUUCAGCAUUGUGCCAGGGAAGGUAUCCUAAAAUUGUUUCUGGACCAAGCGAUCCCCUGAUUGUCCGUAGAGAAGACAAAGCUACGCUUAACUGGACGCUUGGACUGCCUCCGUCAGAGACAUGGAACAGUAGCAUAUUUGAAGUAGUGUUUGGAAUCUGGAAACCUCCAGGAUUCCUGAAAACAAAACUGUUGGCCAUCGAUAGAUAUGGUGAGGUACUAAUACGACCAAACUAUGAGAAGAAAAUUAGCUGCGACUUUAACAUGACCAAUCUUCGAGUUGCAUUCAUACUCCAUGAUUUGAACAUGAAGGACGAGAAUGAUUACUGUCUUCAGGUGGAGCUUGGUCUUCAUCAGUCUCCUUUGACGGAUCCUGUAAAGCUUCUUCUCGAGGAUUCUCCUAAAAUAAUCAGUCCAAAAAAGAGAAACUUUUCCAUAAACAUUGGGGACAACUUGCGUAUAAAAAGCAAGGCAAAGGGACUUCCUACACCAAACAUAACAUGGACGAGACAGGGGCGAAUUUUCGUUAAGGAUACAUUGGUUCUAAAGGGAGUAACGUCAAACGACAGCGGAGUCUACCUGUGCAGCGCUCAUAGUCAGGCUGGUGAAGACCAUAAGGAGAUUUUGGUUACAGUUAUGGAGCAUAAAUAUGGAUCGAAAAAGCCAGCAGUUCCUCAUAUUGCAACGCGAACAUCUUCUGAUGGAAGCCCUGUAUGGUUAUUUCCAGUAGUCAUAGCUGUAUCAGUUUCUGUAAUAGCUGUAGUGGUCGUCUUUGGCUUGCGUGGGCGCCACUGCAAAAGGAAUAUCCGUUAUGAGCAGCACAUUGACAUACAAGCAUCACACUCCACAACUGCCACCAUCUAGCCUAAGGCCGAGCUGUCUUUUCAACGAACGAUCAGUCGAAAACGCGGAAUGUGCCUUCGAACUUAAAGGAAUAAAGAAAGUUACAUGCAGGUUGAAUUUCAUUAUGAUUUGGCCCGAUCAUGGACAACAAAUGAUACUCUGCAUUUUAAUUAAGCAUUGCUAACUAAGAUAAAUUUUCAUCCAGUUUGGUUUGCUUUCCGUUUUUGGCAUAAACACAGCAUAGGAGUCGAAACGGUUUCGGAAGAAUGCUCAAGCAUUUACAUGUAGGAGGGUCUCAGUGGGGGGGAGGGAGUCACGUUGAAGGUUGGCGGUUAAAAAUAAGCCCUUUUGACGGUUGACAGUUAAACUGUUUAGGUAAUUGGACGGUUGAUGGUUAAUAUUUUGGAAUAUCGUUUAUAAAACGAAUUAAAUGCGCGAAUUUGGCCGCGUUUGUAAAGAACUGUUAAUUUAUAACACCUUUUAUUAAUGGUGAAUGACUAACGUUUUACGACACUGGAAGUGUUUCCACACCGUAAGUCAGUUCUGUCGCUAACCUGUUUUACUCACGACUAUAAGUUGAAGGACUUAUAUAAAUCUAUUUUUGUGAUAUAUCAACACUUUUAUUUAUAAACAACAGAACUUGACCCCAAUUAAGGCAAUCGUUUAGCUUUUAAUUAAGGAUAUUUGAGACAUUUGACGACCAGCAUUGGCUUAUUUAUUAUUGUUUGACGGUUUACGGUUAAUAUUGGCCAUUUGACGGUUGACGGUUAACCCCAUUGAGACCCUCCUGUAGAUGUGUGAAUCAUUGAAAUAUGUGAAGCCUUACCAAAAACCCAUUAAAUUUCGCUGAAGAGACGCCCAAAUGAGUUUUAAGAACUUUGUUUAGUCUCCAUCUAAAUCAAGCUCCUGUUUCUUGACAAUCACAGGUAGACAGGAUGUGCUAUGAAGAAGACACUUUUCGGAAUUUCAUUAGUUGGCGCGUCAGUUUAAAGGCCUAAAAGUCAUUCGCAUUCUUGUAAGAGUAACACGGCAGUCAAAAAUUUUCUACGAAUCUCGUCUGGCAAUCUCAAACGAAUUUAAAAAUUAUUCUCGUCUUUUAGUAGACGAAAUAUCCGAAUAGUGCAUGCUAUAAAAUCGGAAAUUUCCGCAGAAAACCUCAUGCAAACCACUUGAGAGCGUUUCUUGUUUGCGCCGAAACUUCAAGCGAUUCUAAGAAUUAGUUAUAGGAGCGGAUUUUCCGAGCUUUUGAAUACUAAAAAAAAAGCGCUAGGUUCACGGUUCUCAAUUCAGUUGAUUCAACUUUUUUGCGGCGUCAAGAACCUGCCUGAAAAGAGUGAUCUCACAGUACGCUGAGGUACGGUUAUUUCGUUUAGUAUGAUAUUAACACAAUUCUUCGAAUCAUUUGACAUUUGUAAACAAACAUCUGAUACUCUUAAAAGGCUUAGAGUAACCGUCCAGUGAAGGCUAUGGCCGCCGGGCUUUCAGUCACUUCAGGGCAUUCACGGAAAUUCCGAAAAAAAGCAUUGUCACGGUCGUGAUUGUUCUCACGGCCGGAAUUUUAGAAAACGCUUACUUGGCAUACUUUUCAUGUGGCUGCAUUGACUCAAAGUGGCUGACAUGGAUCUAUGUUUGCACCAGCUUUUCUUCGGAAGUUUAUGCAUGGUAACAUUGCUUCAAGGUAAGUUUAAUGCUGAUAGCAUAUACGUGUAGAUUAUAAUGGCAAUAAGAUAGAGAGAAUCAUAAUCUCCCAAUGUUUUGAAAUUGGAUAGCGAAACCGGAAAGUUUUGCUGCGACGUACUAUAUAUCAUGCCUUUACCAACAAAGUGUGGUACGAAGCGUUGCAUUAACAACUCACUAUAAAACUGUUAGAACUGUCUGAAAUGACUAAUCGUACACUAUUGAGUUCGAGGAAAUUUUCUAAAGGCUUCCACGGCCAUUGAAUUAAUCCGUAUAACUAUUCAAGAGUUUCCGGCUUUUCUCGAAAAUAUCAUACGAGUAACUUGAAUUGACGCAAAGCUGCUUGACAUCCCAGAGAACGACUGCGAGCAAGACUGUAGCAACCCCAGAUGAAAGGCAGUGAGCAAAGCAGGACCGAGGAAAACGUUAAGGAAAAAAAUAAUUUUAUGCUUUCUAAGGAAUUUGGCGAAUGGUUGGAAGGGUUUCCCGUCUCUAACGGCGCCAGACCUCAAUUCGAGCGUAACGUUUGGCAACUUAGAGCUCCGAAAAUAUUUAAUUCGCUGUUGAGGUUCCCUUACUCAGACCACACAAAUAUUGGUUAUUUUGAUUUAUACUUCAUGGUAUAUACCUCGAUUUCCGAUUUUUCCUCGAGUUUUUUUUCUUCGAUGAGCGAAGGCUCAUUCUCGAACAACGGCUGAUAAUCGUAGGCUAAGAAAUGUACAAAGAUUUAAACGCACUAGCUUUUUUACUCAUUAAAUGUUCUGUUUCAACACUCUCGUCACCAACAUGUACUGUCUCGGCUUGUCCAAAGUCCCGAAUAUAACAUGAGGAAAUCAUUUCAAUCAGAACCAUCGAUAAAUUUGAAAUUUUUUUAUGGAUGAGUCAAAAAUUUUCACCUUUUAGUAAGGGUAUUCACACCAAAACUCUGUGAUGAGACAGUGGUGGAUGAAUUUCUCUGGAAUGAAAACCUCGACAUACGACGGUGGCAAAUUUAUCGAUCUACAAUUACUUAAAAAAAAAACAAGCAGAGAACGACUACGUACAUGAAUUUAAAUGCAUCGACAUGAGGAUUUUGAUGGCCAAACACGAUGCACUUUAACGGUGCUAAUUCGCGACAUAAUGGAUCACCUUGGAAAUUUGAAAUUUGUCUUGUAAACGAAAAGCAUUGAAAUCAGUUUGCUGGUUUGGGACUGAAGGGAAUUGUUGAUGAUGGAAAAGAGAUAACACGAUUAGCGAGUCAUAGGGGCCGGGCAUUAAAUUGUAAAUCAUUUAAGCUGAGAAUAAGUUGAAAAAAUGUUUAUUAAAAAUAUUAGUCUUUUCUUCGUCAAAAUUGUUUUGAAAUAUAUGGAUUGAAUUGAAGUUUUUGAACUGUAAAAAAAUAUUACAUUUCAAGCGAUUGAUCUCUUGAUUAAUUGGUUUUACACUUUUUGUACUUCUUUGAUUUUAAUAGUGUCUUGCAGUAUAAACUUUACAAAUGACAAACCAAAGAGUCCGAUGAAGGCCACAGUGGACAAGGAUGUCACUUUAGGCUGGAGCUUUUUAUACAACGAUUCGGGAGGCAAUCCUGCCGGCCCAUUUGGUGCCCCUGAUGUGCACGAAAUCGCCUUUGGCAUCUAUAAAUCAAUACAUAAUGGGAACUUCAUGACCAAGAAGCUUGUUGUUGUAGACAGUGGUGGAAAUUUUGAGGUGCGAGACGGAUAUGAUAGCAAAAUGGGUUGGAGCUACUCCAAAUACAGACUAACAUUCACUCUUAAAAACUUUGCUAUUCAAGAUCAGGCGUUGUAUGGAGUGAAUGUUGAGCUUGGCUUGAGUUAGAUGCCACUCAAGCAUUCUGUGAUUGUUACCACAGGACCCUCAUACGUGGUUCAACAUGGCAGCUCGAUCAUCCGUAAUGAGUCAGCCUACAUAAUGGAGGAUUUUGACCUAUCGUUUACAAGAUUAAUACAGGACCGAAUUGUUGGCCGUGCCAAGUACACACUCUCCAAAAAUAACGUAGCCAUUCUCAUUAUUGGAAAGGACAGAGUAGACAAAAAGUUCAGUUGCUAUCAAGUUACUGAAAUCCCCAGUACACCCUGUCCUGUUGAUGACUUCUCAGUGAACGAAACUUACGUUUAUUUUAAACUAAGAAAUGUAAGUUUACAAGAUGCUGGUCGAUACCUCUGUGAAAAGUUUCUUCCGAGGCUCCAUGAUACGAUAUUGGAGGAAAUCAAUCUUAAUGUACAAGAAAGACCAACCGUAAAAAUAACAAAUGAUGAGACAUCAACUCCCAGGGUAAAGAGCAGUUAUUCCGUCACGAUACCAUCUGGGGUGAGCACUGUGUCUCCGGGUGUUCAAAGAAUAUCUGAAAAGCCACCAGUCAGAGGUAAUGAGGUUUUAGUGGUAUUCACUGUAGCAUUGAUCAUUAUGUCCAUACCGUGACUACUUUGGUUUGGAGUUAAUGCAUUUUCUCUCCGGAGAGAGCAACAUGGACAGGAAAAUGACCUGUUAGAUAAUUAAGCAAUAGAGUACACUUUCUAUCGGUUUACAUUUAAGUGAAAAUUAGGUUUAAUUGAUCUGAAAAGAAACUACCUCUUUGAGUUUUGUAGUGGGCGCUCGCGCCAUGGCGCCUCUGGUCAUUUUCUCAAAAAUGAGAAGCUAAAACCUCACUCUAUAGCGAUUCCUUUUUUGUAAGAAUCUGUAACAUAUGGAACGCCUUACCAGAUAACAUAAGAGCAGAAAAAACUACCGUCUUUCGUCAAAAACUAAAGUCCUUCUUUUAUCUAAGACUCAGCAAAGUCUUAAAUCAAGACGACGUCCUUCCCUUUAAAUUAGUUUGUGUAAAAUGUCGUCGUUCCAAUGCUCUUGAUUCUUGUACAUGUUAAACAACUUUUUUUUUGUUUUGUUUUGUUUUUAGCAUGGAGGCUUGUAAGUGGUUGGGUUUCAAUUUUGUCUGCUUUUAGGGGAUAGGGUAAAAUAAUUUACCUAGUAGGGGACAACCUUGUCCUAUUGUAAAUUCACCUGCCAUUGGUAAAUUGUUAAACAAAUAAAUAAAUAAAAUAGAACUAAUAUGUAGCAUUAAAUGGGUAUGUUUUAGGUUUAGAUUUAAAUUUGGAUAGGGUUUCUAAUCUUAUUUGUGGAGGGAGAUGGUUUCAUAGGAUAGGAGCUGCAAUUGGAAACACCUGAUCACCAUAGUUCUUCAGCUUGCUCAUGGGGACGCAGAGCUUGUUUGCUGACUCUGCCCAUUGACUUCUCCUCUGAAGAUUGCUUUCCAGAUGUCGUGACUCAGGUAUCCAGGAACCAGAUCAUACGUGGCGAUUUAUUGGUCAAGAGAAGGACCUUGAAAACAAUUUUCUACCCAACAGGCAACCAAUUUCAACAUAUGCCCAAGCCUUUUCAAAAGACUUUCAAGUUAAAAUUUUGUCAUAAAGAACCAGUGAAAGUGUUAGUAGAUGGUGAAAUAAAUACUUUUUUCAGAUCAA